AAAAUACAGUCUGUACUCAGGUUUUCAUUAUUUCUUACAGGGCACAGAUAUAUUAGUCAAGCUGCAGCCAAAAUUGAUGUGGAUUUUGAUUAUGAUGGACCCCUAAUGAAGACAGAGGUUCCUGGACCACGAUCUCGAGAAUUAAUGAAGCAGCUGAAUGGCAUUCAGAAUGCAGAAGCUGUACACUUCUUCUGCAACUACGAAGAGAGCCGGGGGAACUACCUAGUAGAUGUAGAUGGCAAUCGCAUGCUGGAUCUCUACUCUCAGAUUUCAUCCAUCCCAAUAGGUUACAGCCAUCCCUCUCUGAUAAAGCUUCUGCAGCAGCCACAGAACUUGAGCACUUUUGUCAACAGACCUGCCCUGGGGAUUUUACCUCCGGAGAACUUUGCAGAUAAACUGAAGGAAUCUUUGUUAUCGGUGGCUCCCAAGGGCCUGCCACAGGUGAUCACCAUGUCUUGCGGAUCCUGCUCUAAUGAGAAUGCGUUUAAAACAAUAUUUUUGUGGUACAGAAGCAAGGAGAGGGGCCAUAAUAAUGUCACAAAAGAGGAACUGGAAUCUUGCAUGAUUAAUCAGCCCCCCGGCUGCCCCGACUACGCCAUGCUCUCCUUCAUGGGCGGCUUCCACGGAAGGACCCUGGGUUGCUUAGCUACAACUCACUCUAAAGCAAUUCACAAAUUGGACAUUCCGUCGCUGGACUGGCCUAUUGCUCCAUUUCCAAGGCUAAAGUAUCCUCUGGAAGAUUUUGUGAAAGAGAAUCAACAGGAAGAAGCCCGUUGUUUAGAGGAGGUGGAAGACCUGAUUGUAAAGUACAGGAAAAAGAAGAAGAUUGUGGCUGGCAUCAUUGUAGAACCAAUACAGUCAGAGGGUGGGGACAAUCAUGCUUCAGAUGACUUCUUCAGAAAGCUACGGGAUAUUGCCAGAAAGCAUGGCUGUGCGUUCUUGGUGGAUGAGGUGCAGACGGGAGGUGGCUGCACGGGAAAAUUUUGGGCACAUGAACACUGGGGCCUGGAUGACCCAGCUGACGUGGUAACAUUCAGUAAGAAGAUGAUGACAGGAGGAUUCUUCCACAAAGAGGAGCUCAGGCCAAAUGCUCCCUAUCGGAUUUUUAAUACGUGGCUUGGCGAUCCGUCCAAGAACCUCAUGCUUGCUGAAGUCAUCAAGGUUAUCAAAAGCGAAGACCUCCUGAACAAUGCGACCCAUGCUGGGAAGGCACUGCUGACUGGGCUUCUGGAUUUACAGGCUCGUUACCCGCAUCUUAUCAGCAGAGUGAGAGGAAGAGGAACCUUCUGUUCAUUUGACACUCCAAACGACGCUACGAGAAACAAGUUAAUUACAAUAGCCAGAAACAAAGGUGUUGUGCUGGGAGGCUGUGGCGACAGAUCAAUUCGUUUUCGUCCCACGCUGAUCUUCAAGGAUCAUCACGCGCACCUCUUCCUGAAUAUUUUCAGCGACAUCUUGGCAAACUUCAAGUAAAAAAAGCAGUUCCUUCGCACCGAACAGCUGAUUAUCAAAUUAGUUCGCAUUAAUUCAUGUCUUCUCUACUUACAAGAUAAGUGUAAAGUCAUAAACUAGGGUUUGUGUUCUGUCUGUAAUCCUGCCCAAGGCAAGCCGCUCCAUGCGAACGCGACGCAGGCAGAGCGUUGGUCCUGGUCACCAGCAGGUACCUGCAGCUGUCCCACACUGUGCAUUUGUAGAAGCUGUGGCCCUCCCUCUUUUGGCUUGGGUCCUAUUAAUUGCAGAGUCCUCUCUAUGCCCAUGGCCCUG